UCUUUUCUAGCGCCGGGGCUUUCGCUCUGUGGUGUGUGCGGAGGGGGAAGGAUAACGGGAUACCGGGUUGCCAAGAAGUGCUUGCGGCCUGUGAGACUCCUAGGGCGGGGAAAUUCGCUUACGGUAACCGACUUGUCCUCCUGGAAACGGCAGCGAAGCAGAAGUAGCAUCCGUGCCGACCCUUUCCAUAAGCGUCAUAACUCCGCGCCACUAUCGCCGCCAUUCACUCCGCUGCCGGGAACACACUGCUCUGAGCCCCUUCUCCGUGCUGAGGACGCCGGGACACCCAGGUGAGAACUGGGCACAAAAGUGAGGCAGAGGCUGUAUCAGACUCGAUGAGUUUCUUUCGUCAUGUCGGAGAAGUCAGGCCAGAGCACAAAAGCAAAGGAUGGGAAAAAGUAUGCUACCCUCAGCCUAUUUAACACGUACAAAGGAAAGUCGCUAGAAACCCAGAAAACUACAGUUGCUGCACGUCAUGGACUUCAAAGCUUGGGAAAAGUUGCUGUAUCUCGGCGCAUGCCACCACCUGCAAAUUUACCCAGUCUAAAGGCAGAAAAUAAAGGCAAUGACCCAAAUGUGAAUAUUGUACCCAAAGAUGGCACCGGAUGGGCAUCCAAACAAGAGCAGUCCGAAGAGGAGAAAGCACCAGAAGUGCCUCCUCCACCUCCAAAGCCUGUUGUUCCUCCCCCUAUAAUUGAGGUUCCUGUGGUUGCCAAAUCUUGGGCCAAUACCAAGCCAGGUGGACACGGAGAUGGUGUUCAGGUGAAUAGCUAUUUCCAGCAAGAAUUUCCCAGUCUGCAGGCAGCUGGGGAUCCUGAAAAGCGAGAGAAAGAUGCAACGGAAGAUAAUUAUGGACCUGGACCCAGUUUGCGACCCCAAACUGAUGUGGCCAGUUGGCGGGAAGGUGGAGGGAGGAACCUUGGAACACCGCUAGCGCCCUCUGACCAGGAAAAUGCCGCUUCGGUUGGAGAGGAAGGAUUGUCCCAUCCUGCUCUCCCUAGUGCUGCGGAUCAGAGCAAGAUUGCUGAUAAACGUACUGCUGCCCCACAGCCUAAACUGAAUGGACAGCAACCCGGCCUACCUCCUCAGUACAGAGGCAUGAUGCCUCAAUUUGCUGGGAAUAUGUUCCCUUCCUAUCCUCGACUUCCGUUCCCCCCUGUGCAAGGACAAACUAAAUAUCCUCCACAAUCAGAGACCAACAGACAGCCUCGACGACCACAAGCCUGGGCUGCAGAGGGCAUUGAACGCCCCUCCAUUAUUAGUGCUAGUGAACUAAAAGAGCUGGAUAAUCUGGACACAGAAGCAGAUGAAGGCUGGGCAGGGGAACAGAGUGAAGUAGAUUACACAGAGCAACUUAACUUCAGUGACGAUGAUGAGCAAUCUCCUGGUCAGAAAGAUAAAUCGGAAAGCCGGGACGACCGCAUCUCAAAAACAGAGCAGGUUCCAUCAAAAUCUAAUGAUAAUACAGAAACCUCCAAAGAAAUAGAAGAGCGGUCUGCCAGUACUUCUUCACAAGCACCUACCGGGCAGAAAUCUCUCCUUGGGAAGGGUCCACCUCCUGAUACACAGGAUAGACGCCAAAUGCCUCCAUCCUUACUAUCUCUUGAUAAGAAUAUUCCACCUCUAUUGCAACCAAAAAAUGCUCCUCCGCAGCAUCCGUCUCAAAGUCGCCCUGGCGCACCGUCAAGACCAGCACCUUUGCAGUCUCGUCCCAGUGAGGAUGAGAUGUGGAAGCAAAGACGGAAACAACAAGCUGAAGUUUCUGCUUCUGUAGAACGAGCCCGUAAAAGACGCGAGGAAGAGGAACGGCGAAUGGAGGAGCAAAGGAAAGCUGCUUGUGCAGAAAAGUUAAAGCGCUUGAAUGAGAAGUUCGCUCCUGCUACAGCAGCCACAUCUCCUGAGAUACCUGCAUCAGACAAACCACUUGAGGAGAAGCCAGUGAUUGAGGAGUCCACUCCAGAGCCCUCUGUCCCUCAGGAGGAAGAGGAUGUCACUGUUCAUGAAGAGCCUGUAAAAGAGAAGGAACCAGAGAGGCCAGAAAAGCCAGAGACUCCAGUACACCAUGAAGAAAAGGAAGAUGUGAUCCCAGAGUCUGAUACUGAACCACCAGGGGAAAGUGAAAGUGCCAGUGUUUCAGAAGACAAGACUUCUGAGCUAGUAGUGGCAGAAGAACCACCAUUUGCAAGGAAGGAUAGUCUUUCAAGUGACAGAGCGGACACCCCUCCAACCAUACCGGUCCAGCUGCCAGCACCAGUUCUUCCGCCACCUUCAAUGUCUAAUCUUCCACCUUCUCCAUCACCAGCUUCAGCCCCUGUGAUGCCACACGAGAGUGAAUCUGAAAGUGGAACACAAACACGUCCACCACUUUCUUCUGGAUACUCUAAACAGUUUCAAAAAUCUCUGCCUCCACGAUUUCAGAGACAGCAGGAACAGAUGAAACAGCAGCAGUGGCAGCAACAGCAGCAAGGUGUGCUAUCCCAGCCAGCCCAGUCCCAACCUUCUAGCAGCCCUGUCCCUCCACCACAACACAGGCCUCUGUACCAGCCUAUUGGACCACAUCCUCAACAUUUGGCUUCCAUGGCCUUUGAUCCUCGCUGGUUAAUGAUGCAACCUUAUAUGGAUCCUCGAAUGAUGUCUGGAAGGCCGGCAAUGGACAUUCCACCGAUGCAUCCUGGGAUGAUACCAACCAAACCCCUAAUGAGACGUGAGCAAAUUGAACCUUCAACUGCUUCUGAACCGUAUGAACAUAUGACUCGAUCCGUUAGAGACCACGGUGUUCCAAUAUCUGAGCCUCGCAUGAUGUGGGGAGCAGAGCCCUACCCGCACCCAGACAGUCCACAGGUUUCUUCCUCUACUAAAGAAUCAGAAGAGCCUGAAGAUUACCGGUCUGAAACGCCACUGGACCAAGAUGUUAUCACUGAAAACUACUCACUGGAGCAUAGUCCAUUUGACCCUCAGCCCAAAACGGAUUUCUUUUCAAGAACUCGAGAGCCAGAUCUUCACAGUGUAUCUAUAAGGCAUACAGAACCUAAUCAACUACCUCAAGCGGAAGAGAAAGACACAGUAAUAUCGGCAUAUGAACCAACAGAGAAGCAAGCUCCUACUGAUGAAGCAUCUCACAUUGAUAUUCAACCUAUGUUAACCAGGACUUUAUCUAGUGAGUCUGCUCACACUCAGAAGCAAGAAGAGAGGAGGGUAGAUACAGUACAGAUGAAUGCUAAAGUAUCUGUUAGGCCGCCUGAAACUACAAAAGAAACCACAGACGAAAAACAAAGAAAAGAGAGUUUUCAGAGUUCUAAGCCACUAGAUAUAUCAAAAAUAGAAAAACCUUUCAAACCUAAGUCUGAAACAAGAUGGGGCCCGAGACCAGGAUCCCGAAGCCGAGAAGAAGGUAUGGAUAGACCAGUCAGGCGAUCUGGUCCCAUUAAAAAGCCUAUUCUUCGUGAUAUGAAAGAGGAGCGUGAAAUGAGAAAAGAAAAGGAAGAGGAGAAGACUGGACAUGAAAAACCUAUGAAGCCAGAGAAAGUUGAAAAGAAAACCCUAUCACAGCAGCAAGUGCCAAGUUCGGUGUCUACAAUACAUAAAGCUGAGCAAGAUAAACCUUCACCUGACGCUGCUACUCUUCCUAAAGUGUCAAAUACCAGCACAUUACAUGCAGAAAAGUCAUUGGAAAACACUUUAGAUUCGAUACCUAAGCCCGUUGCCCAACCAACUGCAACUACACAGCCAAAUAAGGAGGAUAAAAUAGUGCGUCCGGUUAGCAAGGAAAAUAAAGAACUUCCACCCGAAAAGCCUAAACCAGAUGCUAAACCUCCAUUAGCAUCUCAGCCCCCACAUGCAACGGUCCCACAUAGAAGGGACUCAAUUUAUCCACCAAGAGCUUACAGGAGAGAGGCUAGAGACAGAGACUGGUUUCCUGAUCAGGGGUAUAGAGGUCGAGGCAGGGGAGAGUAUUAUUCCAGGGGAAGGAGCUAUAGGGGUUCCUAUGGAGGUAGGGGACGGGGAGGUAGAGGACAAAACAGAGAAUAUCCACAUUACAGAGAUUCUAAGCCCCGUUCUGAACCAGGUCCUCCUGGAGCAGCAAGGCGUAGGGAUGAAAGUGAGACGCGUAGUGAAAGCUCAGAUUUUGAGGUCUUGCCCAAAAGGAGAAGACAACAUGGUUCUGAAACAGACUCUGAUAGUGAAGUUCAUGAAAGCGCAAGUGACACUCCUCUUUCGGAUAAGGAGACUUCCAGUAGAAGCAAAUCUCGUAGAGAUGAGCGCACUGAUAUUAAAAGAGCACCUAAAUCUGUUUCUGCUUUGAAGGCAGAAGCUGGAACUUCAAGGGCAGAAGUCAGACCACCAGAAAGACACUUCCCUAGAGAAGAUGACAUGCGAACAAAGCCUGGCUUCUUGCCAAAGGGUGAGCCAUCUCGUAGAGGAAGAGGAGCUGGAAGUUUCCGUCGUGGUGGCAGGGAACCCGGCAUUCGUCCAACACGCCCUCCUCCACCACGAAGAUCCAAUUACAGAGACAAUCAGUGGAUUCCACGACAGCAGGAUUUAAGACCACCACCACCUCCACGAAUGGAUGAAAGUGAAAACAGACAUCAGGAGCACCACACAUUACCCUCCGGUGAUAAGAGACCACUUAUUAAGUUUGAGCGCAAGUUUGACCCCUCAAGGGACAGACCAAGGAGGCAAAGGCCCACAAGACCGCCGAGACAGGAUAAGCCACCACGAUUUAGACGGUUAAAAGAAAGAGAGAGAGAAGAUGCUGGCAAACCAGUAGAAGUUAGUGGAACUGCUAAUCAAGCAGUGCCAGCUUCAAAUACUGUCCAUGAACUCCCAUCAGACUUUUCAGGCAACAAGACUCCAGACUUGUCUAAUCAUAAUUCUUCUGAUCAGGCCAAUGAAGAAUGGGAAACCGCUUCUGAAAGUAGUGACUUUAAUGAACGAAGGGAGAGGGAUGAGCGCAAAGCAGCAUCAGCUAGAAUCCAGUCACCUGUUCCUAGUAAAACAACUGAUGGUUUGACACAAUCGCCACCCAAGCGUGAAAGUGCAAAAAGAAGUUUCUCCAGUCAGAGACCUGGCAUGGAUCGCCAGAAUCGUCGUGGCAAUAGUGGUGCUCCAAAACCCGGCAGGCACUACUCUGGUCCCAGAGGCGAAAGACGAAGUGCAACAUCAUUACAAAGGGGGAAAAGAGGGACAUUUGAUGAACAGGCUUCAGGAUUAAACGCAGUAGAGUCUGGUGGAAGCAGCAAUGCUCAUCAUCACUAUCACAACUAUCACCCACAUUCUGAAGAUGGCAGUACUUCAGCCCAAUCAAAAGCCACCAAGGAUGUUCCUGGCAAGAAGAAAGAAGAGCCUAAGCUAGUUGUGAAGAAGCCUAAAGAGAAAGUAGAUGCCUUGUCACAGUUUGACCUAAACAACUAUGCCAGUGUUGUGAUAAUAGAUGAUCACCCUGAAGUAACUACACUAGAAGACUCUCAGUCCAACCUCAAUGAUGGUUUCACAGAAGUGGUCUCCAAAAAGCAACAGAAACGUCUGCAGGAUGAAGAACGCAGAAAGAAGGAAGAGCAAACGGUACAGGUUUGGAAUAAAAAAGGUUCUGGUGAGAAAGGGCGAGGCCAAAACUCUAAGCUUCCACCUCGUUUUGUGAAGAAACAGCAGCAGCAAGCAGCGGCAUUACAGGCCCAAUCUUCGGGGCUUACCGCUUCUCAAAAUGUAUCCCCAGCGGUACCUGCAGCAAUGCCUUCAAAUCAACCUCCGGCACCUGUUCAAACACAGCCAACCACAAAUGGGUCAGAAUUUUCUGGACCUGUAAAACCACAACCUCCAUCACAGCCACCCAGUACUCUGGGAACAGAGCUGUGGGAAAACAAAAUGACAGCCCCAAGUGUUCUGAAUGACUUGUCCAAGAAAUUGGGACCUAUAAAUCCUCCUCAGCCGCCAUCCUCCAGUGCCUGGAAUAAACCUUUAACAGGUUUUGUGUCCGCUACCAAUUCCGAGACAUCUAAAAAUGGCCAAGAUGUCUCUGUUGACUUGACAAUAGAAGCUAUUCAGUUUGGUGCCCCUGCAUCCAGCAGUAGUGACAAUGAAGGUACACCGUCCCUCUCUGAAAAAACUGAGUCUCUACCUGAGCCAAAAGAGCAGAGACAAAAGCAGCCGAGAGCUGGGCCGAUUAAAACCCAGAAGAUUCAGGAUCUUAAUUUAGUUCUGAGUAAGGAAUAUAAGCCAGGACCUAUCGGUAAGGAGCGGUCCUUAAAGAACCGCAAAGUAAAUGAAGUGCAGCAGUCUGAGCCAGAGACUCAGGAAAAGCAAAUUCCAAAUACAGUUCACACGCCAGAACCAGUUCCAUCAAAGGACAGUAAAGUUAUAACAGAAGUGGUUCCGGAAAUCACCAGUAUGUUGUCGGUAUCUGCACCUGAAUUUGGAACAAGCACUAAGGAAACUGUAACAGACUACACAAGCCUGUCCAACACCCUUCCGAAUACUGCAUCGACAGGCAGCUCAAAAAUGGAGUCUACUUUGGUGCCUAAUGUUCCCCUUCCCCACAGUCUCCCCCUAUCUCGCCGAGAGACUCUUCAGCAGAGCUCGAGCCUAACACCGGUGUCUCCUGCAACUGUUGACCUGACUCUCAAGAUGGAGUCUGCUCGCAAGGCAUGGGAGAACUCCCCAAGUGUUGCUGAAAAAGGAUCCCCAAUUACCCCAGCAGCACCUCCCACCAGCACUUCAGGAGUUGGGGCUUCCUCCAAUUCCAACACUGGAGUUGGUAGUGUAACCGCCAAUAGUGGAAGUGCUGGGCCUCCUCCACCCAGCAAUGUUCCUUAUAAUUCUUUCUCCAGUGCAUCUAUGCAACCUAUCCCAGUUGCUUCAGUAACACCAACUACUUCCUUGUCAGGUGCUGGAACAUACACGACUUCAUCACUUAGCACAAAAGCUACCACAACCUCGGAUCCUCCUAAUAUCUGCAAAGUGAAGCCCCAGCAGCUCCAGAGCAGCAGCAGUAUGCCCUCUGCUAGUCACUUCUCUCAACUCAGCUGCAUGCCCUCAUUAAUGGCCCAGCAGCAAAGUCCACAGGUGUACGUCUCCCAGUCUGCAGCAGGAGCGGCAGCUCAGAUACCUGCAUUCUACAUGGACACGAGUCAUUUAUUUAAUACUCAGCAUGCACGAUUAGCUCCGCCAACUCUAACCCAACAGCAAGGAUUCCAGCCAGGGCUCUCCCAAAUUCCAAUCCCCAUUUAUGCUCCCCUGCAAGGCCAGCAUCAGGCUCAGCUUGGCUUGGCACCUGCUCCCCCUGUAUCCCAAGCGCAAGAAUUGUUUACCUCCUCUCUCCAGCCAUACAGGUCUCAACAGGCAUAUUUACAGAGCAAUCUGUCUCAGCCGUCCCAAGUUGUCUUGUCUGGCGCCUUACAUAAUUUCCCUGGAGUACAACACCAAGACCUUGCUAAAGCUCAGUCUAGCCUAGCAUAUCAGCAGACCACCAAUACUCAGCCCAUUUCUAUCUUGUAUGAACACCAGCUUGGUCAGUCUGGUUUAGGUGGCUCUCAGCUCAUCGAUACACACAUUCUUCAGACACGACAGGGUCUUGGACAGCCUUCUAAUAUGUAUUCUGGACAGCAGCCUAAUCAGACCAGCUUCUACAACACUGCUCAGUCUCCUACAGCACUUCAGCAGAUGACUUUACCUAUGCAAGGAUCACAGCUGUCCUUGCCCAACUUUGGUUCUACUGGGGGGCAGCCCCUCAUUGCUUUAUCUCAAGCAAUGCCGCCUGCACCUCAAGCUCAACAUCAGACUCUCUCUAGAGCGGGCCAAGUGAGCCAGGCUUACCGUGGCCUGAUCCCUUCCGGCAGUCAGCAUGGAAUGAUCGCUGGCAAGUGUUCAGCUAGAGGGAAGAGUGGCUUUGCGUCAGUGUCCCCAUGGAGCUAUGGAGUCAACUACUUAAAAUCGAUGAGUGAUAUAGAUCUUAAACAUUAUGGGGGUGGAUUGGACCAUGUCAAGCCUGGAACUCCGCCUAUAGCCGGAAGAAGCACAACGCCUACUUCCAGUCCUUUUCGGUAUGGCUCGGUGUAUUUUGGCUUGACUUCAUUGGCAAGUUCAACUAGCCCCAAUAGCCAGUCAAGUAAAAUGAACAGCUUGGUGUACCAGAAGCAUCAGUUUCCUUCCACAGCGGCCAGUGUACGGAUGGGUCAGCCCCCAUACCCCACACCACAGUUCCCUCCUCAGAUACUUUCUCAGCCUAAUUUGGUUCCACCAAUGGUCAGAGGACCACAUCCGAACACGUUCCAACCUCCUGUUCAGCGUCCACCCAUUGCACUGACUAGCCAAAUGCCCCCACAGAUGCCCACAGGCUUGAUGAACCAUCCCCCGCGCCUUCAUCACGUGUCUCGCACCCCUCCUAUUCCACCUUCUGGCGUGCGAGUUAAUGCUGCAAUAAAGGCAGAGCAAGAUCUGAAGGCAAAACAGAGAGCAGAGGUCUUACAGUCGACACAUCGCUUCUUUGAACAGCAGCAGCAUCAGCAGAGCAAACCUGUGAUCCCCAAACCUCCGACAACUGCGUCGGCCCCUCCAAAGCCGUCAGACAUCCUAACAGAGCCUCCUAUGGUCUCGCAGGAGAAGGUAGAAGAGAAUUUGGCUGCAUCCGCUGCCCUGGCUCAAGCUUCGGUGCCAACCGCCACAAAACCCAUCAGAACUGGACCAAUUAAACCUCAAGCCAUCAAAACGGAAGACACAAAAUCAUAGAGACAGCUCGGCAGGUGGUUGCGUUCUAAGCACUACACUUGAGUGUAUGGAUAAGAAUUUCAUUGUUUACUGAAAUAUGCAGCAUCUGAUCUAAGAUUAGGAGGGGAAGCGGGAGCUUUAGUUAUCUGUACCGAUCAGAACAGCGUCUGUCGAUCCUUACAGCAUUUCAAGUUGCGAAACAUAGAAGACUGUGCCCAGCCAGCUCUGGCACCUUUUUGAUUUCGACUAGGUGUGUCUGUGACUAGUGAGUGCAACGUAACGCUGGCAUCCAGUGUACAACUGUAUGCCACACGGGAAAGCUCACACUGUCCGGUAGAUUGGAAACACUACCCUGCAGAGUUAUUCCCAACAGCUCACUCUGGUUUAGCGAGGCUAAAGUGCAGCUUGAUCCUAGAUGUACACCCAAACACGCUUUAUGGUCUUGUUUAGGGUUACAUUGUUGGCUUUGUCUUGCCCCACAGUGUUUGCUCUCCCAAUAUCUCACCCUUCUGUGUAUGUUGUGCCCUUGAUUACAAGACAUUCUCUCGAAAACACUUGCAAGCAAUUUAUUACUAUUGGGAUUCGCACAGACCUGACUCCUGAAUUAGGGCGCAUGUGGUCUUACAGGUCACAAGCAAAGCUCAAGGCAUUGGGCCCCUGUAUCUUUUUUUUUUUUUUUUCCCCUCCUCCUCGGAGAGUAUAUAUAUAUAUAUAUAUAUUUGGUCAGCUGUGUAGAAAGAAACCUAGCUUCAUGUAAUUUCCCCCAAACCAUGCUGUGGUAGACCAAUGGAAUCCAUGCCAACGUCGCUGCUGUCUUUUCACCUAUAUCAGUCUAUACUGUACCUUUUUAAGAUCUAACCUCCUGUGACGUUUUUUUUUCUCCCUUUUGAAAUCCAAUCACGUUAUACAGCAACCUUUUUAUAUAAAGAAUAGGAACGCUGGAGUUCACUUCUGUUCAAGACAAAAACUGUACAUUAUAAGAUAUCUUGUAAAUGCAGCUAUGUUGUGGUAACGGUGUUCUUAUUAAACUUAAAGAAAAACUCUUAUUUUGCCCAGUAUAAGGGUUUUUGCUUGUUUUUUUUUUUUAUUCAGUAGCUCUACAAAAAAAAAAAAAAAAAA